CCAGCAUGCCCAAGCCCUGAGGAGGCCUAGUGAGAGGCAGGGGCCGUCCUCGACUGGCCUGGCCCGCCCAGCGUCAAGAUGCUGAGCCUGAAGCUCCCCAGGCUGUUUAGCAUUGAGCAGGUGCCCCAGGGGUGCAGGCUGGUGGCAUCACAGGCCCGUGUCAUCAAAGGCCUUUGUGAAGCAUCUGUGCAUAUACCUGGCCGCCGGGCCGCCUUCCGCAGAGCUCACCCCCUCUCCCACGGCCCCCGACACCUGGGGCUCGCUGGCUCACACAGACAGCAUCUAUGUUUGACAACCGCAAAGGCAUCUGAACACGGGGGCUGUGGGCCCCGGGCAGAGGGGUAACAUUCAUGCCAGGAGCAAGUAAGCUGGGAAUGCCAAAGCAGGCUGGGGGCCCUCCUCUGUCUGGCUGGAGACAGCCUGCCCGGAGGACAGCAGGCUACAAAAGCUCCUCGAAGGGAAGGAGAGAGGUGUUUCAUGAGCAGGGCAUUCUCUUCGGCUAUCGGCACCCACAGAGUUCUGCCACUGCCUGCAUCCUCAGCCUUUUCCAAAUGAACAAUGAGACGCUCAACAUCUGGACACACUUGCUGCCCUUCUGGUUCUUCAUGUGGAGGUUUGUGACCACGCUUUGGAUGACGGACAUCCAGAAUGACAGCUACUCGUGGCCCAUGCUCGUGUACAUGUGCACGAGCUGCGUGUACCCGCUGGCGUCCAGCUGCGCCCACACCUUCAGCUCCAUGUCCAAGAACGCCCGGCACAUCUGCUACUUCCUAGACUACGGCGCUGUCAACCUCUUCAGCCUGGGCUGCGCCAUUGCCUACUCCGCCUACACGUUCCCGGAUGGGCUGGUCCGCACCACCUUCCACGAGUACUACGUGGCCUUGGCGGUGCUGAACACCGUCCUGAGCACCGGCCUCUCUUGCUACUCCAGAAAGCCUGUGCUUUGGAAGAUGGCCCUCGCCGGCCACCAGGUCUCUUCGCGUGCAAAUGGCCGCCAGGACAGCACAUUGGAGUUCCUUGAGAUCCAGAAGCCUCGGCUCUGCAAGCUGCUUCGAAUCCUGGCCUUUGCGUUUCCCUACACCUGGGACUCCCUCCCCAUUCUCUACCGGCUCUUUCUGUUCCCGGGGGAGAGUGCCCAGAACGAAGCUGUCCUGUACCACCAGAAGCACGUGCUCAUGACCCUCCUGGCCUCGUUCUUCUAUUCCGCACACCUCCCCGAGCGCCUGGCCCCAGGCCGCUUUGACUACAUCGGCCACAGUCACCAGCUGUUUCACGUGUGUGCGAUCCUGGCCACACACAUGCAGAUGGAAGCCAUCCUGCUGGACAAGACCCUGCGGAAGGAGUGGCUGCUGGCCUCCUCCAGGCCCCUCUCCUUCCCGCAGAUAGCCGGAGCUCUGCUUCUGUGCAUCGUCUUCUGCCUCAGCAACAUAAUUUAUUUCUCAGCUGCUCUGUAUCGGAAUCCCGAGCCAGAAUUACAUACAAAAGAAACAUGAUUCAGCCAGAUGCUGUCUGUGGCAUGUGCCAGUGUUAAGUGGUAGCCCCCAGCCACCAAAAACCGUGCCUUACCAUGGCUCCAUGUGGUCCUCGUGAUUGAUGCCUUGGUAGUUCUGAGUGAGUUCGUGCCAAGCAGGUAUUUAGGGGGAGAGGUUGCUCUAGGUGUGCGCUGAUUCUGUACAUGGCGAUUUUAAGGGGGAACCUGGGCUCAGGCUGUCCUGGACAGACAGAUGAUUGCUCUUUCAAUACGGGUUAAAUUGAUCGGAAAUGGUUUAAGGAUGGUACCCUUGGGGCUUGUAGAUCACUUUUUAAAAGUAGAAAUGGAUUUCAUGUGGCCGAGCUUCCCCCAAGAGUUUUCAUAGGAGCUGCACUGCACUCUGCUUCAGGGUGAU